UGGAAGAGCAUACAAUCGGCAAGCAGCAUUUCACUUAUCUGUACAGCCCUGCAAGGGAAAAGGCGCUUACGAAAAGGAACAUUCUCGCAGCGUAGAGAGAAAGCGGUUUAUUCCCAUUGAACCCCAACAGAGUUCUCGCAAAUACACCAAAACCACCUACCAAACUAAACAUUCCAAGAGCGAACGAGAUGAGGGUGCCUUGUCCGCAAUAUGAAGCACAACCAACGCCCGCAACGCCAGUAUCAGCAGAGGCUCUGAGCUCGCUCCUUAGUAUGAUCAAACAGGUUCCGAAUGAUGGAGCAAGCAGCCAGCACAAGCGAGGCUCUAACAGAAGGUCAACAAUGCCCUCCUUAACGAUCGAAAUCAACUCCUAGCUAACAUAAACGACAAAGGCAAAGCUCGCUAAUCGACUAAGGCAAAAGUACUAGGAAGGGCGAAGGUAAUAAGUUAGGAGAAGCUUAAGGAGGCACGAGCGGAGCGUGCUGAGAAAGAGGCUAAGAAGGCUGCUAAGGAGGCUAAUAUUAUCGCGAGUGCUCCGCUAGGGGCAGAAGAAGCUACCGCGGGCAAGAAGAAACGCAGUUAGAAGCAAAAGAGUACUACGCCAGAGC